AUGUCGCAGCGAGGCGAACGGGGACCCCCGCGCCGCCUGCAGCGGAGGAGGGAGCGGUGCCAGCGCCGGUCCGCAAGCAUGGAAAGCAGAGACGACGAUCCCUGCCCCGGCAGCUGCAGCAGCAGCUCGGCAGCUCCGGCAUCCAGCACGCCGGGCUUGAGGGAGGAAUUGCAGUGCCCCGUGUGCUACGAGCCCUUCCGGGAGGCCGUGACGCUGCCGUGCGGCCACAACUUCUGCAAGGGCUGCAUCAGCCGCUCGUGGGAGCAGCGGCGGCCGCAGUGUCCCCUGUGCAAGGAGAGGUCCUCGCUGGAGCAGCUCCGCGUCAACCACACGCUGAGGAACCUGGUGGAGCUGGUGCUGAAGGAGGAAGGGCAGCGGCAGGGCCGAGGCGCGGCGCUGUGCCCCGCGCACCAGGAGGAGCCCAAGUUCUUCUGCAUGGAGGACAAGGAGCUGGCGUGCUUCUCGUGCCAGCGCUCCAAGGAGCACCAGGGGCACAAGAUGAGGCCGGUGCAGGAGGCGGCGGCGGAUUUUAGGGCCAAGCUGGCGAACAUGGAGUCUUCCCUGCGGGAUAAAGCCAAGGAUUUCGGGGCCGUGCGGAGAUCCUACGAAUCCAUCGCCCGGCACAACGAGGAGGCAUCGGAGCGUCUGGAGCGUCAGGUGAAGUGGGAAUUCGAGAAGCUGCACAAGUUCCUGUGGGACGAGGAGCAGGCGGUGCUGGCGCAGAUCCGGGAGGAGACGGGCCGGAAGCACGAUCUGAUCCAGGGAAAGAUGGAGCAGCUGAGCGAGGCCAGCCAGGCCCUGCUCAACGAGGCCGCCCGGCUCCAGGCCGAUUGCCAGCAGGACGACCUCACCUUCCUGAGGACCCACAAGAACCGCAAGCGGAGGAUCGCCUGCACGGCCGAGGAGCCGGAGGCUGUUCCCUCAGGAUUGCUCCUGGAUGUGGCCAAAUACCUGGGAUCGCUGCAGUACAACGUGUGGAAGAAGAUGUUGGACACCAUCACCGCCGUCCCCUUCAGCCUGGACCCCAACUCGGCCGCGGGCUGGCUCUCCGUCUCCGAGGACCUCUCCAGCGUCUCCCUGUGCAGCUACAAAGGCUCCGUGGAGAACCCGGAGCGCUUCACCUCCGCCCCCUGCGUCCUGGGCUCCCGCGGCUUCUCCAAAGGCUUCCACACCUGGGAGGUGGACCUGGGCGGCCUCGACAACUGGCGCGUGGGCGUCUCGCGGCCCCACAGAGGCUCCCCCUGGAGUUACCACCACGACACCCGCUCCGGCUUCUGGUACAUCUACCACCUGCAGGGCAAGGACGAGUGCCGGGCGUCCAACGCCAUGCGCUCGCAGACGGCGCUGGGCAACAUCCGGCGCGUCCGCGUGGAGCUGGACUGCACCGAGGGCGAGCUCUCCUUCUACGACGCCGACCUCCAGAGCCACAUCUACACGUUCCACGAGAAGUUCGGCUGCGCCGUCUUCCCCUAUUUCUACGUGGGCAACAGCCAGGGCGAUUCCGACGCCAAGACGCUCCGCAUCUGCCCGCUCCGGGUCCGCGUCCUUGAAGAUGUCCCGACCUAGAACGUCUCCUUGCCUCCUGGUGGGGUUCUCCAGCUGCUUUUCCAGGAAAAACAAAAACAGGAAAAAUACGCAGGGAUAAAAAAUGUUUGUA